CCCUCCCAUAGGCACUGUGACAAAAAGGUUUCGCGGAGUUGUCGAAUCUAAGGGCCCUCCCUCCUCUCACUACUCCCCCUUUUCCCCUCUUCCACUCUUCCACUCUUCGUGGGCGCCCCCAGGUUACCUUGGCACAUGUCUUCCCGCUUAGGAGUGAGAGACCGUUGGGAAUUUCUAAGCUCCACCCACCCCUUUACAGCAUGCGCGUUCCUGACGUCGUGUUCUAGCAGGUACCGUAAACUCGUCGCACCCACCUAACGGAGGCUCAACUCUACUCGACAAGCUGAGCUCCAUCAAGGACGCCCCGGGCACUGGUCCCAGGCACCCUGUUUCGCCCCUUGGUUCCCGCGGCAUCUUGUGCGCGCGCGCGAGAGAGAUUGAUAUAGGUAUGCAUAUCUAUUUUGCCAUGUUAUUUCUAUGUGCGUAUAUAGGCAGAGGCAGGGAGGCGCACACACGAGCAUGCACAUUUAUGUGUGUGUGUGUGUGUGUCAUGACGACGAGUCCAUGGGCCGCACUGAUGCUGUCGCCGCGUCUAGCCCUCCUACGGCAUCGUCGCGAUCUCUUGGUUGGGUUGCCUCUCUGGUGCGGAGAAGGGAGUCUGCGUAGUGUUCCCCUGGCACGCCUGUUCGGGCUCCGAUGUGGCACGUCGACUCGAGGCAGCCUUCGUGAGAUGGGGAGGUGGGCGAGGGCUCAAAGUGGACAGGUGCCAUCACCAGGAAAUCCACGCCGCGCUUUCUCUACCUCGCUGUUUCGCGCUGUACACGUAAGGGCAUGUAGCUUCCUACGUAACACGGCGCCCCGCUCGUGGCUGACCUUAGCGGAGUCCGUCUUACCACGUAGGACACGUAACCCUCCUCGACACGUCCGUCAUCUUCUAACACAAACAGGCGGCAAAGGUAGAUGUCAACACCUUAUCCAGGCCGGAGCUGGACCAGCAAUUGACCCGGAGCACUGAGCCGGCUGUGGCGAUUCCGAGCUUUGCCCUCCAAGCCGGGAGCGUUCGGCU